CAUCUGCCUCGACCGGUUGGGGUGGAGAGGACAGGAAAGAGAGGCCAACAAGCAUCACAGCUUUUAGACAGGAAGACCUGUUGACACCAAUCUUUCACAAAUGUCCUUCUACAAAGUCUGCAUUUCACUUACUUAGCCAUUCCUUUAGCUUAAAAGUAUAAAAUAUUUACCUUAUUUUGUUAAUGACAUCUGGCUAACUCCAGAAAUUUUUCUUUACUUAAUGGUUUAGCAUUUCUAAAGCCAUUAAUUAUAAUCAUGAGAAAAAACUUAACAAUGAUGCAGAUUUGAAAAUGAAGACAUCAGAAAAAAAUCCUGUGGAAAUACAGAGGCUAGGUUAAACUAAACAACUCCUCUUAUUCUGUCCUCUGUGUGCGUAACUCUCCAUGAAGUGACAGACAGCUGAACAGGUGUAUGAGGCACUCAAGAUUUAAAUGAUGACAAGGACGUGGACGAAAAGUUCAGAGGUUUUUACUUGUCUUCUUCAUCAAUUGUUUUUCUUUACGGUGCUUUUCCACUUUCUUGUGAAACUAAAAGCAAACACAAGGAAAUGUUCUUUUAAUGUAUAAUUAAUCACAAGCGCCUGUUUAGUUAAAGAUAUUGUAUGUUAAAGCAGGAAGCCACUAUAAUUUGUCCACAUACCAAAUAAAGACAAAAUAUGGCUCAAAAUCUAUUCGCAAACUUUAAACAUGGCAGAUUUACUUACAAACAAAGCUUAUUUAAGGCUCAACGCAGGCAGAUGGUAAAGAUUCAGCAGAGGCCCAACUGAAGCCUCCUGCUAUGCCAGACUCUGGUUCAAAAUGGCAGGUCUCACCUUAGACUAACCAUGUGACCCAAAAUGAGCAAUAGAGAAACAGAAUAACUGAAAUGAGCUGUCUGCUUUCUCCACACAGUUAACAGGUGGUGCUAAAACAUUCUACACAUACAUGAAACAUGUAACAUCACACCUAUGUCUCUUUGCAGUCAUGUCAGUGAUGGUGGUCAGUGUCGGUAUUUUUACUGUAGUUCACUUCUGUACUUGCAGCGAUUAGCUUGAAGGAUCUAGUAAACUAUACCACACACUCUGAGUGUAUUGAUGUGAUUUCUCCUGCAGCUACUGAACUUCCUCUGCCUGUUUCCUGGACACAGCUUAAAGAAUAAAAAAGCUCUGUCAGAUUGUGUCAGGGAGGCAUCUUUCCAUGUCCAUUAACGCUCACAUAUCAGACAUCAAGGCUCUCUCUUUGUUGUGCAGUUUGUGUAUACACUUUGUGUACACAGUGUUGUUUAACACUUGAUCUAUUGUAGUAAUUAACCUAACUGGCUACCUAAAUACUAGUCAAAACUUGCUAUUGAUCAAUUACAACUUAGGUUGUUGUACUAUCUUAAUCAGUACUCUUGUUCAGAUGCCAAAAGCUGUGAUUUAUGUAAAGAUCACAGACUGAUAAAUGUGACAUGGUGUCUGUGGAAACUGGUUGCACUGGAUUCACCGGCAUGACAAGGACUACUCGCAGAUGGCUCAGUCUGUAGCUGUGGUGUUCUCCUUUCUGUCAUUUCUCCUCUUCCUCAGAUUCAACCCUCUGAAGGUGUUGCAGCCCAAACGGCGCUUGCAGCAAAUACUGGCGUCCUCACCCGUUCCGGUGCCCAAGCCGGCUUCGGGGCCGGGGACGUCGGGGAUGGCUGCACCGGCUUCUACUGCACCGAUUGCUAUUCCGGUGCCUGCGCCCCCUGCGUUUGACUACUGCAGGUUCAUAGAACUAGACUACGUUCCCAUGGAGACAGGGUAUAUGGUCUCAAUGCGCCCAACUAAAGGCUAUGCAUCAACCAAGUCUCCGACUAAAGGAUACACUUCCACAAAGUCUCCAGAACGCCACAACCGCUCCACAAAUUCUCCCUCCACCCCUCGUUCCCGGCGAACACAGGCUACACAAGGUAAUAGAGAGCCAUACGGUAAUGCAUCCUUCAGCAGCAGCAGCAACUCAGGCUCGUGUAAAGGCAGCGAUUGUAGCCCAACUAAAGGACGACAGAAGUACACAUCAUGUACAGACAACCAUGGCAUCCGCCCCCCUCCACCAGAGCAGUACCUCACACCCCUGCAGCAAAAGGAGGUGUGUAUCCGACACCUGCGAGCCAAGCUUAAGGAAACUAUCAACACAUUGCAAGACAGGGACACAGAGAUAGAUGAGCUGCGAGGUCAGCUUUACAGGAUGCAGGAGGACUGGGUUGAGGAGGAGUGCCACCGUGUAGAGGCUCAGCUAGCCCUCAAGGAGGCACGUCAGGAGAUCCAGCAGCUUAAACAGGCAGUGGACACUGUUCGUGCCAGGCUCAGCGAAGCCGGUGGGCUCAGCGGGGACGUAGGGGUCCAGAAGUACUUCCAGGACAUCAAUACUCAGAACCACAAGCUGGAGAACCUUUUGCUCAGCAUGGAAUUAGCCCAGGCUGGAUUAGCAAAGGAAGGUGAAGCCAUACCAGGCUGUAGGACCCGUGGUGGAGGUUCAGCACCAGCAUCUGUGUCAGGGGAGAGUCCUGGUGGAGUGCCUAAACUGACAGUAGGAGGGAGAGGGUCUUGCUCAUGUGAUGGCUCUCCAGCCCGUUCCCUGACUCGGAGCUCAACCUACACCAAGCUGAGUGAUCAGGCACUGGCAGACCGAAAUGGUAACGGGACAGACUUUCCGUGUCUGUCAGGGGACGGCACCCAGGAUAGUGGUUUUGUGUGCUGUGGAGAAAACAACAUCCCUAGCCGGACUGACCUGCUGCUGGAAGCUGCCUUCCUCUCUGAGGAAACAGCAUCUUUACUCAACUCUUACACACAGACCUUUGCCCACACUCUGCCCCAUUCUCUUCCUCACUCUAUGCCUCACACUUAUUCCCAUACCUUACCUCAUUCUUUCCCUCACAAUAUGUCCCACUCAGUGCCACACACUAUGCCGCACUCCUCCACUUACGAGAAGCUGUGCACGAGUGACCGGAUGACACCCUUUCGUUGUGGUUUGGGUGGAACGAGCUGCAUGAGCCAUCCCUGCCUGUCCCACCAUCACUUGUACCUGCAUCCCUUGAGGGAGACAGGUAUUCAGACUGAGAGCUGUCCUAUCCCUGCAACGUCUCAGUGUCCCUCAGAUUUAGAUACUAUAGCCGAGCAACGCACUUUCCGUUCACAGGCCUGCAGCCCCACUUCCACCUGGAUGUCUGAUGAGGGGGAGGAGGAUCUGGACUCCAUUACCACCACAACGUCAGUGACUACAGCUACAGUUAUGAGUACAGCCACAGAGCCUAUUCCAGUGUCUAAAAAACCACUUGUCCCUCCUCUACCACGGUCUGCCACUGUAGCAUUUUCAAUGGAGAGCCCUUGGAGUGAGGGAAAUGAUGGAACUGAGAAAGAUGAAAGACAGGAGAAUCAGAAAAGAAAGAAGGAAGAUUCAGCAACAGAGGAGCAUGUGGAAACACACGAAAUCACACAGGCAGAAGAGGAACAACAGAUGCAAGAGAGCACAGUGAACGGGAUGGAUGAGGAAGAUGAGGGUGCUGGGGAGGAAAAACAGCAAAUCAAAUUGUGUGAUUUAGCAGGGAUAUCAAUGGAGACACGGGGUGAACUUACUUUUGGAGGUUGCUGUGGAGAUGAAAGUCAGGGUGAGACAGCACCUGAAAACCCAGGGUUUCAGGAGGGGCCACAGGAGGUUAAUCUAUCAGUAGGAUCCACCCAGACAGAAACUGCUGUGCUGAGUCCAAGCUGUGCUGCAAUAUCUCCAGGGGUGGAAAAGCCUCACACAUCCCAGCCAAGGAGAUCUGCCUCCCAUGAGGAGAUAGUUGGAAUCCCAGCAGAGGAAGUGCGCGAUGAGGAUGAUUUCCAAGUUGAAACUAAAGAUCAAGGGGCUACAGGGGGCACUGCAGAAGAGGAUGAAGAUUCAUCUAAUUCUGGAAAAAUUCAGAAAAGCUACUGGAGUCGUCACUUCCUUGUUGAUUUGCUGGCAGUGGCCAUCCCUGUGGUGCCAACAGUUGCUUGGCUCUGCCGUGGGCCAGUGCGGGAUGGACAGCCCAUGUAUCACAUAGGCUCACUGCUAAGAGGCUGUUGCACUGUGGCACUGCACUCACUGCGCAGGGGAGGUGGACUCAGGCAUUACCCCGCAGGCGGGGGAGACCUAGGGGGAUCACAAAUGUAACAGGCCAUCAUCACUGUGGUCCUCAACGACAACAUCUCCUGUGUGGGUCUGGAGAUUGUUCAAAUUCAAGAAGGGGGAAGAGCGAGAUCUUCCUGUCUGGCUGUCCUGCAGGUUAAAUGCUUAGAGGAUCAUUGGGUACAAGAAGUGUACAUUCAGGAACAUCUAUGACUGGUGGACUAUGUUCUGUUUGUUCCUGCUCCUCGUCGUCUCCCGUUGAAUGGUCCUGCUGUUGUUACCAAAAUUAUUUGUCUGUUGGCUUGUGCAUACUGAAUGAGCUGCUUAAAGUAAAUGAUAAACACUUGUAUGAUUGAAGGUGAUUGUUGAUUUGCUCGUAGAUGCAGGGAAAUGCUCAUUGAUCUGUCAAUCACAAGUUAUGACAUGUUCUAAUGAAUAUGUAUGGAGAAUGCAUAAAUAAACACAAUAUGUAUGUA